AUGGGCCCCCGCCCUCUUGUCAAAUCGUCAAAUCAUGUACUCGGCAGCAUUGUUCUAUUGUCCCAGGGCCAUCAUCACUACUCCGUACAGCGAGCUAGUUCCGCCGCCACUAGAGCCAACACCGCCGAGCAGGGCUCCUCAUUUGGCGACGUUGCCAAACCAACUCCUUCAUACCAGACUGCUUUUCCCUGCUUGGCCCAGCCUGUGCAAAGUUCACAUCUGGCCAUUUCUCGAAACCUUCGGCUGAUUCGCUUUCCACCCACAUACACUGCAGUCUUUUAUCACGCGUCUUCGUUCCUGGCAGCAAACUUGCCGAUAAGUUUCUUCCGAGGCGACUCUCAACCAAAAACCCACCGCCGACAUCCAGACAACCAAGGCUCUCACUUGUAUCCCUUACUGCCCUGCGGUCGGGCAUUGACACCUUGCGCGCCACGGGACCAAACCAAAGAUCUUCUCCGAUCCCUUUGGUUCACCCCUUCAAAAAGGGUCGCACGUGCCUCCCCAACCUCGAGCAUCAAUUAUUUCCUCUUACCAAGUGUACGAAAACCGAAUAUAGCUAAAAACGCCCAACAACGGAGCUGCUUUCAAACCGAUCACAUCAACAAGAAAGUGCUAGCCUUGAUCGCCCCUCCCGAGCUCUCUCGCCGGUUACGUCUCAAAAUGACCGAGUCAAACAUGAGCUACGUUUACACGCUGACGGGUUAUGCCGCUCUGUUUGGUCUGGGCUACGCUGCCUAUCUCGUUUCUACUCAAAAAACCAACAAGCGGGCCGCUGCCAAUGCACCGCGCGCCGCGAGGGCUGCGCAGAACGAGCCACGCAAAGAAGACAGGAAGAAGAAGCAGCGUUUGGACAGCUUCACCUCGGAGGCCCAGGAAGCCGCCAGGGCGAAAGCUUCAACCAAAGCUACAGCCACAGAGCCUGCUUCUCGGCCACGGCCUGUAGCGGAAGAUACCUCUGAUGAUGAUGAUGAUGAUGAUGGGGCCGAUAAUCGAGAGUUUGCCAGACAGUUGGCCAAGGCUCAAGAAGGCAAAAAAUUCGCCGGCAAGGCUGAGGCAUCCAAGCAAAGGGAGAAGUCGGUCAAGCAAUCUCGGGCACAUCAGAUGAGCAAUGGUUACGCUGACGAGAAGCCGUCGGAUACCGGUGCGGAAGCUGAUGAUGAUCAGUCUCCUAUCGGGUCUCCCGAGGCCUAUGCUACUGAUGCCGCUGGCAUCAGUGACAUGCUCGAGCCUAUCGCUGCUGGUCCAUCCGUUGUCCGCAUCACCGACGCCGACAAGGUGAAGGAGAAAAAGCCCAAGGCGGCCAAGCCUCUCGAAAAGGCGGAGACGAAGAAGCAACGCCAGAAUAAGAAGAAGGCCGAAGCCGCCAAAGAAGCUCGGGAGGCGUCAGAGAAGGAACGAAAAGUUCUCGAGGAGAAGCAGCGACGGACUGCUCGAAUCGCCCAAGGCAGGGCGGCCAAAGACGGCUCCCAGUUCAUGGCUACUAAUGGCGUCAACUCCUGGGCCAAGGGAGAAGCCGGCGCCCCAUCCGCUGGCAGUGACAAGGUUUUCCAUCAACCUUUGGAUACCUCAGAAAUGGCCGACGCUCCGGCGGCCACUGCUACUCCCGACAAGCAGGCAGCUGUGGACCAGUCAGAGGGGUCAUGGAUAUCCUCACUCCCGUCUGAAGAAGAACAGAUGGAAAUGCUAAAAAACGACGCCGAUGAGUGGAACACUGUCCAGACCAAGUCGAAGAAGAGCAAGAAGGGUGUUGAGUCGGGAGACGAGAAAUCCACCAAGCCAUCGACUACCCAAGCCAAGCAGGCACACGCAGCCCCCAAGACUGCUCCCAAAGCUGCAGCUCCCCAGGCCCUUGGCUCGUUCUCGGCCCUUAGAGACGAUGCCCCCGAAGAGGUGGAAGAGGAGUGGGAAGUUUAA